CCUGACAGAACUACAUAUGAAGCUGAUCAAACUUCUGACAACAGUGUACGAGACGAAAUAUAAUUCAAAUUAGUAAGAACGUAAAAAUUUUCCUGGUUCUCAGUGUUCAAUGGUGAAAGUUACAUUGAAGACGGAAAUUGUUUUUAAUUGAGAGAGAAAUAUUAAGUAGAGAACAAAUUGACAAUGGGAUCGACUCAAUCAGGCCAAACAAGAACACACACAUUUGAAAACGGACAUCAACCUGGACCGAGUGUUCUUAUUUCGGACGAUGUUAAACAGCGUCUGUAUCAAACCUAUUCACAAGGUGACGGCAACCAACAGACCGCACCAACAAAUGUCCACUCUAAAUAUGGCUAUAACCAAUCCCAAAUCCCUCAAGCAUACAACGAGACAAGUGUCCCUGCGUGUAGCGACCCUUAUCAGAAAAAUACCAACCAAUAUGAUCUGCUCGCACAGAAUGACCUCUACUGGCGUAAAAAUAUGGCCAAUAUGGAACAAAGUCUUCAUAAAACUAAUACAAUUAUGGAGCAAGAAUUUAACUUGGCUUAUGAAAAUGUUCAGGAAACCUUUGCGAGACCACCCCCGUCACAUCGAGUACCACCGUGUCAGAACCUGAAAUCAAAGUUAUUUCAGUGUUAUAGCGAGAACACAGGUGAAACACUGAGAUGCCUUGGCGAAGUAUCGGCAUUUGUCGAGUGUGUUAAUAGGAACCGUGUCAGACGCUUGGACUCUGAUAAUGCCAGUAUAUUGUGAAAUUUUAAAUUUAGUGGUGUUAUGGGGAAAUUAAAAUGUUAUUUUA